AUGUCCGGUAGAGGCAAAGGAGGUAAAGGCCUAAGGAAGGGAGGCGCCAAGAGGCAUCGCAAAGUUCUGCUUGAUAAUAUCCAGGGCAUCACCAAGCCCGCUAUCCGCCGCUUUGCUCGUCGUGGUGGGGUAAAGCGUAACUCCGGACUGAUCUAUGAGAAAACUUGUGGAGUGUUGAAGGUGUUCUUGGAGAAUGUCAUCCGUGAUGCUGUCACCUACACUGAGCACGCCAAGAGGAAGACGGUGACUGCCAUGAAUGUUGUGUAUGCCCUCAAGAGACAAGGUUGUACUCUGUACGGCUUUGGAGGCUGA